GUGGGCCAAUGCAUAUAAGCAUUUUGGAAGCAUCGUGCCAUCGUCAAUUCGUCAUCCAUCACAAGAACAGGAGAUUUGGGUUUGCUGAAGGCAGUAAAGGUGGGACUAGUCAGCCAUGGCCGGUGCCGAUCCCGAAAAGCUGAUCGCCAAAGCCGAUAAACUAACAAAACUUACUUUAACACGGUGGAGUGCUGACUGGAGGAAUGCAACUCAAUAUUACGAACAAGCAGCUACUGCAUAUAGGUUUGCCAAAAAACACGAGAAAGCAAAAGUUACACCAUGGGAUGCUGCAAAACAUAUGGAAUCUGCUGCUGCUUUAGCAGUUGAAUUAAGCAUAUGGAAUGAAGUUGCUGAUUUUUACAGAAGGGCUUCUGAGUUAUAUAAUGAAUGUGGGAGGUCACAACCUGCAUCUGAUGCACUUGCAAAAGGUGCUCGUGCUUUGGAAGAUGGUAAGCCUGAAGUGGCCAUUACAAUGUAUACUGAUGCUUGUUUGCUACUUGAGGAAGAUGGCAAGGAAAAUAUGGUGUUUGAUAUAUAUCGUGCUAUCACAAGUCUUUACAUAAAGCUUGAAAAGUAUACAGAUGCUGCAACGUUUCUUCUGAGAUGGGCAGUAGCAGCUAAUAAAUGCAAUGCUCUUCAUAGCCAAUGCAAGGCUUAUCUAAGUGCAAUUAUCGUAUACCUUUAUGCCCAUGACUUCAAGGAAGCAGAGAAGUGCUAUAAUGAUUGUUGUCAGAUUGAUACUUUUUUAAGCAGUGAUCAGAGUCAUUGUGCUAGUAAACUUCUUUCUGCAUACAGAGAAGCUGAUAUUGAAGAAAUCCAACGUGUAGCAAAAUCAAGUACUGUAUCCAACCUGGAUCAUGUGAUUAUCAGACUUGCAAGGAAGCUUCCUACUGGGGAGGUGAUUGCAAUGGAAAUCAACUCAGUGGAGCAUGGAGAGGCCCUUGAUGAAGAUGACCUCACUUAGUCAUAUGCAAUUAUCUCAACAUGAUCUUGAGAAUAUAUACAUAUAUAUGUGAAAAGUGGCAAAAUUAUUGUAAUUGAUUGAUUUUAUCGCAUAUUAUUUGUUGUAUGAUGCGUUUACAUAUUAUCAUUCUACAUAUUAUGGAUUUGGGAGCUUCACUUUUUGACUGAC